UUAAAAUUAAAAUAGCCUUACGAACAUUUCCACAAAAGAAUGUGUGUUUACAGGGUCGUUCACAUCUGUAUCUUCUUAACAGAUCUUCGCUCGUUCAAUCCCCGAAUGCUCCACCGUUUGAAGACGACACUGGCCUUUUGGCCAUAAGAAGCGGCAGUUUUAAGAAGGCAUAGCACAAUGCAUCACUACGGCACCACCGACAAGUUUCAAAAACUGUACUACAAAACCGAGCUGACAUUGUACAUAGGGUGAUGCUAACCCUUGUCAUGUCAUGCAUGCGAAUCCAACUUUUGAUAAAAGGUUAGAAAUCCAUGCCAUCCAACCAAAACCUAUACUCUAAAUCUAUAAAUAGUAGUGCAUUACAUUGUCGAAAAUAUCACUAGCUGAAAACGCAACAAACAUGGGCACCCUACUAAAUUUCAUGAUCAUCUUCUUUAUAACAUUUUCAUCCUUAUUCUUUGUUAUGGCACAUCCACAACAAAUGAAGAUUAAUCGGAACGAUGGUCAUGAGGAUGACUAUGAAGGGUCUUCUAACCUGGUCAAUCUUCAAUACCAUAUGGGUCCUGUCUUGGCAUCACAAGUACUCAACCUUUACAUUAUCUGGUAUGGAAACUGGAAGCCAACCCAUCAAACCAUCAUCAGAGAUUUCCUCAAUUCUCUAUCCUCCGAUGUUUCUUCUUCUUCGAUCCCAUCGGUGUCUGACUGGUGGAAAACGGUGCGCCUUUACACGGAUCAAACAGGAGCUAACGUCACAGACACUCUUACUCUUUCAGGGGAGUAUCAUGAUACAACAUACUCCCAUGGUGCUGCUCUUACACGUAUGGAUAUUCAAUCAAUCAUCAAAACAGCAACUAGUUAUGAUAAUUCACUGAAAAGAAAAUUGCCAUUGAAUUCUCAAAGUGGUCUUUACUUGGUUCUUACUUCUUAUGAUGUUAAAGUUCAAGACUUCUGCAGAGCGGUUUGUGGUUUUCACUACUUUACGUUUCCUACUCUUGUCGGUGCAACUAUACCUUACUUUUGGGUUGGAUACAGUGGUACUCAAUGUCCUGGAAUCUGUGCUUUUCCUUUUGCACAGCCAAAGUAUAACGGUGGUGGUGGUGGUGGUGGGAGUGCUGGUGGUGGGCUCAAUAACCCCAGCAGAAAUGUGAUGGGUCCGCCAAACGGGGACGUGGGUGUUGAUGGGAUGAUAAGUGUAAUAGCACAUGAACUUGCCGAGGUAUCAAGCAAUCCGCUUGUGAACGCAUGGUAUGCUGGUGAUGAUCCAAUUGCACCUACAGAAAUUGCUGAUUUGUGUGUUGGUGUUUAUGGAUCUGGAGGCGGUGGUGGAUAUGUGGGUAAAACCUAUAAGGACAGAUUGGGAAAUGGGUAUAAUUUGAAUGGUGUUAACGGAAGAAAAUUCUUAGUUCAAUGGGUUUGGAAUCCUGCAAGGAAAAGAUGUUAUGGACCCAAUGCCAUGGACUAACCGAUCAGUUCUGACUCGAAUUCCGAGGAUAGAGUACACAGUGAUGAAGAAGAUCGGCUGUUUUCUUUCUCUGUAUAUACUAAAAUGUUGUGGUGUGAUGUGACCAGGGAGAGCGCUGCUUAUAUUUCUUGCAAAUUUUGGUAUUACAGUUGAUUUGCAGUUUAUCAACAUUUCUCUUACUUGCCAUCUAAGCCAUGUCAAGUUAUUAGCUUCACUUGUUGGAGAUGUAUACGUUGAUCAUAACUCCGGUUUCAAAUCAGUCAGUCACAUGAGCAGAAUGUCUGAACUCUUUUUUUUAAGUACUGAUAUACUCCCCAAUUUCUCAGAA